AUGCAUUAUCUCAGUAAGAAACCGAAUGUUCAACAAAAAAUAAAAAAAGAGUUGCAACAGAAUGGUAUUACAAAGGAAACACCUUUGGAUAAUUUUGAUCUAUUGGAUAAGUGUGAAUACAUAGAUUGUGUCAUUAAAGAAACAUUACGACUAGCACCGAUUGGUCUUGGUUCGUUCCGAACACUUACUCAGGAUACUAUUAUCGAUGGAGUCAAAAUACGUAAAGGAGAAACAGUGUUAUCUGCAUUUUCCUUAAUGUACAGUGAUCCUCGAAACUGGAAAUUAGAUCCAACUCAAUUUAUUCCUGAGCGGUUUCAUGGUAUUGAUGCACCCAAUGCUAAUCAUCAUCCAUUUGUAUUUGCCCCGUUUGGUAGUGGACAUCGAGCGUGUAUUGGACAAGAUUUAGCUCAAUUAGAAUUAAAAGUAAUCACUAUUCGUUUAAUGAAGUUUGUCACAUUUGUUGAUACACCCGGCGACAAUGGUGGUCAUGUACAACGAAUGGCAGCUGUACCAAAAGAAUUAGCAGUUUCAAUCAAGUUCGAUUAA